CUACUAAGUGUGCCUAGGUAGGUCCUCCUGGGCCGUUCCGCGGGGUUCAGCACCCGACCCUGAUGGGACCCUCCCCCUCCCUACCUACGGCGUUCUGGCAUUCUGGCGUAACAUGGCCAUGCAAACCACUGCCCUAGCCACGCAUCUUGCUCGCAUUGGAACUUCUGGCAGCUACGUUUGCUUUGGCCUGUUUUACUGAUUACAAGCUCUCCGACUUCGCAUUGCUUGCACUGCUUGCGUUACUUGCGUUGCUUGCGUUGCUUGUGUUGCUUGUGUUGCUUGCCUCGCCAGCCUACUACGCAACCCGCAUGACCGCCGCCGCCGCCGCCGCCUCUUGGCUGCUGCUAAGUUACCCCAGACCUAAACCUUACCGUAUCUCAACAGAUUCCAUUCCAUUCCUCGCUCUCAUUCUGCCGCGCCCACCUAUCACACCACCUGUUUGCCUGGAUCUAAUCUAGGGACACCGUAAUCACACCCACGUUCUUCCUGUUGUUAUUCUACUACUUCGCUAUCCAAGAAUCAGAUACAGAUUUGAUCUGCCGGUCCCGCCGAUAUGGCUACUGUGGCUGCAACAAUUGCUGCAGACAUAUCCGAUGACUGGGAGCAUGUUGCUGAUGACGAUAACUACUCGGUCAUCUCCCUUCCUACGUCUGAGGAUCUGGCUAUAAAUUCCUCGCAGCACCGACAAGUCCCUGUUGUAUCGGAUAGUCCUCUCACAAUCCCAUCCCAACCUCAGUCCGAGCAUCCCACACAGAGCGAUCCACAUCCUUGCGAUGCAAUUACAGAGCCUCACCCGACAGACGACGCUGUGGAAAGGUGUGGCAUGGACUUGAAGGAUGUCAUCGAUGAAUCGGACUCUCCACCAGUCCUGUCAAGAAGAUUGAUUACGGACAAGAUCGAACUGAUGGUUAUUCUUAGCAAAAUUGGUUCCCUAUCCACAAUCAUAGGACCUAUGUGCACCCGUCAUGGGAACGCCUGCUCAUUGUUCGCUACAAUAUUCGCAGAUUUGGCUCGUCUGGACCAUAUUGUGCGCAUAUAUAUAAAACACUGUAGGGCAGGAAUGAAACCUGUAGUAUUCCCUUAUCGUCUCUUUGACUGGAUUGACAAGAUCAAUCACCAGGCGCUAAAAUAUGCCGCGUCCCUAUCUAAGCGCGAGAAGUCAAGUCAGCCAAUGGACAGUAAAUGUUUCAUUGAAGUGACGAGUUUGUCCUUUGAAUUCGAUACGUCAUUGAUGCCUGCUGUGGAGAGUGAUUAUAAAGCUUUCAAGAUACACCUUGCACAGGCAUCCGCGGACCCAAAACGCACUACUAACGGCAAAAGCCGUGACGGCAUCCCCCGUAUAGCAGCUACGAACAAUUUGACCCAUCUUUUCAGAGAACUGCAGCAUCUCCGCGACCAAAUCGUGGUGUGUCUCGGCGAGAUCCAAUCCGGUGCUUUCUAUGGAAUCUUUAGGCCGUUUCAACGUUUGGACAUUAAUGGGUUAACUGACAGCUACAAAUCGGCCAAAGAAGUACUAGACCGAAUGCUGGAAACACCUAUUGACUCCAGCCGAGAAGAUGGGCCCACAUACUCAGAAUUCCAUCGGAUGAAUAUUGAUGCAGUCCGCUCCAUUAAUCUCCAGCUCGCGGAAAUCUCAGAUGACCUGUGCCGCGAGCGGAGCAGCAGUUCACUAUACCUUCGUUAUAGGAACGACCCCGAUGACAUGCUUGACAAUGGACAGCAAUUCAUCAAGGACUAUACGAUGGACGCACUACGAGAAGCGGAACGAUUGCUGCACUCCAUUCUGAAAGACCGCGGGGAUCCUAGACCAGGCACUUAGACGCCUUUACUUCGAUCAUGAGAAGAUGAAAGAUUUCUAUGAUAUUUGGGCGUUGGUGUAUUAAGUAGGCGUCUGGCGGUGUUUAGAUGGAUGGGCGAUCACCAUAUGACAUCACGAUGGCAUCGAGUGAGAUGUCUAUUCAUCCUUUUUUUUUUUUUUUUUUUUUUU